UUCGAGACGUGUUUACAAACAAAGAAAUGUAUAUCAAAAAACCUACACAGCGUCUGCAACAUAUUGCCUGUCCAUUCAUUCAAUAUUCAAUUUUAUUGACUGAAACAUUUUUCUCGCAAUUUUUGUAAUUAUCUCAAUUCUAAUGCCUUUAAAAACUUAUGAAUAAUUUUAUUGUGGUCAAAGCAGCUUUAACCUAAUAGCUAAGGUAGCAGAUAAUUGGCAUUAUGGUGUGAGAUUUACACGAAUUAUUUUUUUUCGGGGUGUUGGAAGGUCGUGGUGGUCACCAUGAAGCGCCAGAACGUCCGUACUUUAUCCCUGGUUGUGUGUACAUUUACAUAUUUGCUCAUCGGCGCUGCAGUAUUUGAUGCCUUGGAGUCUGAAACUGAGAGUAAGAGAUGGGAAGUUUUAUCCGAUAUGAGAAAUGGCUUAAUCCGUAGAUACAAUAUAACGCCAGAGGACUACCACAUGAUAGAAAUAGUUAUCAUAGAGAAUAAGCCUCACAAAGCAGGUCCGCAGUGGAAGUUUGCAGGCGCAUUCUAUUUUGCCACAGUGGUCUUGGCUAUGAUUGGCUAUGGGCAUUCUACCCCUGUUACUUAUGGCGGGAAAGCAUUUUGUAUGGCUUAUGCUAUGGUUGGAAUACCUCUCGGCUUAGUAAUGUUCCAGAGUAUAGGUGAGAGAUUGAAUAAGUUUGCGUCAGUUGUCAUAAGACGAGCAAAAUGCUACCUACGAUGUAACACCACAGAGGCCACUGAGAUGAAUCUCAUGUUUGCUACCGGGAUGCUGUCAUCCAUUAUUAUAACUACAGGUGCAGCCGUGUUCUCGCGCUACGAAGGCUGGAGCUACUUCGAUAGCUUUUAUUACUGCUUUGUAACACUCACUACCAUCGGCUUCGGGGAUUAUGUCGCUUUACAAAAUGAUCAAGCAUUGACCAGCAAGCCAGGUUAUGUGGCUCUGAGCUUGGUGUUCAUACUCUUUGGACUGGCGGUAGUUGCUGCCAGCAUCAACUUGCUUGUUCUAAGAUUCAUGACUAUGCAAGCAGAAGACGCGGCCCGUGAUGAGGAAGAUAAAGAUGGUUCUAGAACUCUUCUCCCAAUAGAUGAACAUCCCAUCAUGGGCAGACAGAGGUCUCAUGAUGAUCAGGCAUCGGUAUGUUCCUGCAACUGCCUCGGCAACAAGCAGUGUGAGGGCGGAGCCCUGCUGCAGCCGGCGCCGCGCCCGCACCGCCUGCGGCGCCGCGUCUCACUCGCGUUAGCCCCCGAACUCAUCGAGAGAGCUUCUGUCUGAGUGUAUCACAGGCUUUAAAUGGAAAAAAGGUAUAAAUAAAGUGAGAACAUAUUGUAUGUAUGUUAAAAUUACAGUUUGCGCCAAAUCAGCUACUGCCUUCACAAUUCUAAGAAUAAAAUACAAACAUCCGAAUUGAGAACCUCAUGAACUGAUGACCUCAUGACCUGAUGCACUGUCUCAUGGAAUGGCUAAGUUCAGAAUUGCAAAGUAAUUUUGGUGCGAACUGCACAUAAUUAUGUAUUUGGAAUCUUUUGAAGCUGCAUGUGUAUAUGGUAAAGCACAAAAUAGGUUUUUUUUGUUAUUGUUUUUUUAAGAGAAUAUAUUAGUUACUGCUGUUUAUUCUGGAAGCUAAUAUCUAUUUAGUCCUUCUUACUUACUAUACUUAAAGUGUAGGUAUUUUAUAUAUUCCUAGUUCAGUGAGUAGUUCUUUAAUUGAGCGGAGGUGAACGCAAGUUAUUUAGUAGAAUAGGAAGCAAGAAAUUGCUUAAUUAAGUACAUAUUAUGUGAUUUUAUUACAAGUGAGUAUUACGCCAGUCUUUAAAUGUAUACUUAAAAUGAAAUCUUCCUUUAGAGUUGUGGAAAUAGAUGUUGUCUGUUUUGUGCCAACAUUUUAGAAUUUAAGUUUAAAGUUAUAAGGACAUUUUUCGCCUUUUUGUAAAGAUUGACUACUUUCGAACAAUUCUAAGUCCUUGUAUUGGGUUGUAAGUUGAAUUUCCACCGUACAGUUCAAAAUAAGCUAUGUGUGAGUCCCUUUGAGUUCAAUAAAGGUAUGUCAUAGAAUGAAUGAUCGAAAAGAACUAGUCAUACUUUUUCUCAGUAGCUUUAUGUCACUAUUUUUGCAUUACGUGUACGAGGGUAGGAUUCGAAUCUGUUAGCUUACUACAUAUUUAUAUCCAUAGCUUACAAAGCAAUACUCAUAACAGUUAUACAUGUACAAGUCAACUUACCUAUUUAUUUAUUUUAAGUAGAUUUAGGUAGGUACAUAGGUAUUAACCAAAAUAUGUUUUACAAUAAAAUGUACAGUCAGCUUCAAAAGCAGCUGAACAAAUGACGAUAUUCAAAACUGCUAAACACCGUGGCGUCGAUAACUAACCAAGUUAUUCAUCGACUUAAGUUUAGGACGUUAAGAAGAAGACUACGUUUUUAAGCACUUUUGUAAAUUUUGAUUUGUUCAGCUACUUUUGACGUUGACCGUGCGUGCUGAUCACAUUUUAUUAAUCAAAAGUCAGAAAAACACAAGAUUUAUGAAAAUAGUCGUAAGUCACAUAGACUACCUACUUUAUAAUGUAUAAGGUUAUAGUGCCAAGACUUUUAUAUGAAAUCUUUUGAUGUAACUUGUAAUAUUUCAAAUAUUGUAGAAUUGUCUACUGUAUGAUGCAUAAUCAUCAGUGCACUUGUAUUUUAAAUGAUGAUGAUACUUGAUGUCGCUGAAAUUUUCCCACCAUAUUUCAGCAAAUGGCAUUGUCCUAAAACCAUGAAAGUCCAGAGCUAAAGAUACAUUUCCUGAUAGCAAUCUUUUAAUAAAAGUAAAUAAAGUAUGAGCUGUUCUCUGAGUCUCAUGGGAAUUCCUAUCCCAAAAAGUACCUAUCUCAGCUAUCAGUGUGCCUAACUUCAUUUAAAUCGGUUCAGUUGUUUUGGCCUGAAAGCGCGACAGAGUUACCUUCACGUUUAAUGGUAGCAAUAAUACAUCACUUCGCAAAUCUAAUUGAACAGUUACAGUACCUGCCUAUAGUUUUGCUGAAAAAUUGUGGGAACUUAAACUAGUCAUAGUACCUAAGUAUAACGUCACACGGAUUUCCGUUAUUUACCAAAGAUUUUGUGUAUAAUUUUAAGUGAAAUUGCACUGUUUCGAUAUUAAACUGUGAUAUGAUUUUGAUCUCACAUUUAUUUAAGUUUAUUUUAUUGUCGACACGACAGUGAACGCCUUAACACUCGCCAUGUUAUUUGUAAAUUAUUAUUACAUUUGUAUUACAAUAUAUUAUAUGUGUUCGAUGUAAUUAAUAAACGUUUUUGUAAUUA